UGUGCCCGCCACCCUUCCCCAAUCCCCAGCUGUCCCUCCCCUGGCAGCUCUGCACCACUCCCUCAGGUCCUGGCACUGAACCACAUCUCUGCACUGACCAAACUGUGCCCACAGGUACCACCUGCAUUGUUCAGCUCCCAGUGACAAGGCAUCCCCAGAGUUAUGAGGCAAAAGCCCCAGGUAACAGCCAAUCAUCCCACAGACACUGGGUGGUGUCCCCCAACCACGCUGCUUUGGGGUCUGCUGGGACACCCCCUGCAAUUUGAUUAUUACAACCCUUUUAGUCUUUACCCUAUUGCUGCUCAUCUUUCCUUAAUUGCAUUUGCUGCAUCAUGUCUCAAUUUAGGAGCUCAGCUUUUUGGAACAAGGACUGCAUUACAUCUUUAUCCUGUAAGCAGCGUGACACACUUAGGACUCUACAUAAAUAAAGCAGUGAGUAGUAAUACACCAACGGUACGUGCAAAGGCUUUGGAUCCACAGCCAGUGUUUUGACUGUGGGUUACAUAAAGAGCCCUUGUAAUUCUGCAAUAAAGUUAUCCAUCAGCAGCCUUGCCAACGCCCUCGCCCUCUCUCAGACUCCUGUGCCAUUGGCAGCAUCUCCCAGAAAUGAGGCACCCCAACAUCUCAGUGCUGAGGGUCUCAGCUCAGAGCACCUCGUGAUUGCAGUGCUCUGAAGGGGAAGGCAGCAGAAAGCCGAGGCAGAGCAGAGGCAGAGCAGAGGCAGAGAGAACCAUGUGAGGUUCACAAUUAAGGAGAAAGGAAACAUGCCAGAGUGCAACUUCAGACUUUCCACGCUACGGGGCUCUCACGGCGCGUUACGCACUGAGGGAUUACCAUAAAGUCAAUGCCGACACCCAACGACUGAGGAUGAACUCCAGUUUUAAAGCUCUUUCUGCGCCGCACGAAAAGCCUGGCCAGAACACGAGGGCCUGGCAGGCAGCCCUGCUGGUGUUUAGCUUCCAUCCUGAGACAAGCACAGCAAGCUGAAAACACGCAGCCCUCACCUUCAGCUGGGCCAGCAACAACUUCCAGAGGGCAGAAAAACAGCAAAGUGCUCAAGCAGCAGCAGCAGGGAUCUCCGCCAUCGAAUCUCACUGCAGAGCUGAGUUAUGUGGGAAUACUCCUCUCAUUCCCAAAUGCUGGGACCAGAUUCCUAGGCAGCUGCUCCAGCAAGUCACCCAAAUAUCAGGUUUACCCCCAAGUUAUGCUCAGCUCCAAUGGCGUUUACUGAGGGCACCUCCAGAGCCAACAGGCGAAGGCAACUCCAGUUCUCAUCUCCGCACCUCCAUGGCACCAUGCGGACCAGUGUGCCACACAGCCCCAUCCCUCAGCCUUCAACCCUUUCCCCACUCCGACAGCCUUCAUGCACUCUUAUAGGACAGACUGAUGCUUGUCAUUCAUUUGUAAGGAGAGAGGGGAGGGCUGCACUCUGGGUGUGAAUCAGACAGCAGGAGCAUAUGCAAGGCAAUAUAUUUGACAUGAACAGAGAGAAGACACACGGAGGGGUGAGUCACUGUUUACUGUUCUAGAGGAGCUCCGCACAGCCCUCGCCCAGCUGGCCAGCUUUCCAUUUCCCUUAUGGAUCGGAACCAGCAUCCAGCAGCAGAGAGGAGCUUCACGAACCUUCAGAGCAAAGGCGAGAGCUGCCAGAACACGGCGCUAUGAGGCGCUCUCUGGGGAAGCCUGGACGGAGAUCAGACAGCCCUUGGUGGUUGGGUAAACAGCCUCGUCAGAUGCUGCAGAGCCUGCGGUCAGCGAGCAGAGCACCAGGAGGGCACAGCACACUGCACCACAUCACAACUGGGACCUCGGGGAGGAGGUGGCCAAAGGGGACAGGUAUGCAACAGACAGAGCUGGUGUUCACCAACCACAGGAUGCAGCACUUUUUCCAUCAUACAGGGGGCAGCGGCAGAGCUAAACCAGAGUCACAUCUCAGCAUCGCUAGCUCAGGCAAGCUGAGCCUGCAAGCAGCAGCCAGCUCACCCAUACAAAGAGCAAUGAAGGACAGGUCAGAAUCCCCAGUGUCCCCAUGCCAUGGCCAGCCAGCAGGCUGAACACCUUCACCUGCUGCAAGCAGCGUGGCAUUCAGGUCCUGCUGCAGCACAGAGCAGGGAUUUGCUAUGCCUGUUAUCCCACUGCUCGGGAGCUCAGCAGCAGUGGGACGGCUCCCGCCUCUCCCCCAGCCCUCGUGUUUAUGGCCGUGGAGCUGCAUGGCUUUGAGCUUGCUUCAUGCUUGGAAGGCUCUCUGCUUGGGUUUGAAGAUAGCCUGAAACAAUAGCUCAGACAGAAGUGGAAACUGCCGGCUCAUCUCGACAGGGCGCUGAGCUGGAGACUUCCUGAGAAUUGAAAGCGCUCGCGCCGCUCGAGCACUUCACAGCUGGAUGUUUACAGCACGGCCAGCUCAGCCAGCAGCCCCCAAGUGCUGCCGAGCCAGAGCUCCCAGCUGUCCCCUCCUGCUGCCCAAACACAGCGAGAGCCUCACGCUGCCCACUCUCACACCGCCCAGUUUCACAGCGCAUUCCACGCCAUUAAUCACUUCCCAACACACGGGGCAUAUUGUGCAGCUCUGAGCUUUCCCUUUCGGAAGGCACACGCACGGCACCAACCCAACUGCGAGCUGCAACAGAUUGCCGAGGGAGCACGGGAAUGGGAUGAAACACAACUAAGCAGAAUGAGGGGAGAGCAAAAAGCUGACAAUUGGCCACCUGGCUCAGAAACGCCUCCGAAGAGAGGCGUGAGUUUGCACCAGCAUAGGUAUAGACAUGUAAUGUGCCAAGAUGAGCCGCCAGCUAUGGAGAGCCGCCGUGCCCCAUCCUCGUGGUGAUUGCGACGACAAUUAAUUAGCGCCCAGCACCCCGUCAGGUGCAGGCAGAGUUAACUGUGCUGCCUGCCGGCCCUGCGCAGCGCCAUUGGGCAGCAGCAGCGUCCAUCACAGCGAGGAAGUGACUGCGCGGGGAAGGAGCUGUGCUGUGCUGUGCUGGGGGACGCGGAAGGAGAGGGAAAAACACCGACACGCAGCGCUGCGAGCGGACACUGCCAGCCCCAGGACAAUGAGGUCGUACCAGAAGCUGAGGGCAGCGGUGCCACAGCUGGUAUUGAGCCAGGAGGAGGAGGAGGAGGAGGAGAAUGCGACCACCCCAACACCUGCUGGCCGCAGCAAGCUGGCCCCAUGGUGGGUGGGCAGCGGGCUGCUGAUCACCGCUGUGCUGCUGAGCACCAUCACCGUCUGGGUGCUGCGACAAGUGUCCAGGGGCUGGCAUGGCCCUGCACCACCUUUCCAAUGCCAUCUGGUCCCUGAGAGCCACCGCUAUGACUGCUACCCCGAGAGGAGCGUGGUGGUGACCCAGGAGCUGUGCGAGAGCCGGGGGUGCUGCUUCAUCGAGACCCUCCCUGCAGUGGGGGGCAAGCGGGGGGUGCCCUGGUGCUUCUACCCACCCAACUUCCCCAGCUAUGUGGUGCAGAGCCUCAACCAGACGACGCUGGGCAUGACGGGGCUGCUGGUGCGCAGGGAGAAGGCCUAUUACCCUAAGGACAUCCAGGUGCUGAGGAUGGAUGUGGAGUUCCAGACAAACACACGGCUACGCAUCAAGAUAACUGAUGCAGCCAAGCCCCGGUAUGAGGUGCCCCUGGAAGUUCCCCGAGCGAUGAAGAGAGCAGAAAACCCCAUCUACAGCCUGGAAUUCUCCCAGGACCCCUUUGGGGUGCUGCUGCGGCGCCAAGGGACAGGGACAGUGCUGCUCAACACCACCGUGGCUCCCCUGAUCUUCGCCGAUCAGUUCCUGCAGAUCUCCACCACGCUGCCCUCCAGGUUCCUGUAUGGGUUGGGGGAGCACCGCAGCACGCUGCUGCACAGCCUCGACUGGAACACCCUCACCCUCUGGGCCCGUGAUGUGGCCCCCACGGAAUCCUUCAACCUGUACGGUGCUCACCCCUUCUACCUGCUGAUGGAGGAGGGCGGCGAUGCCCACGGGGUUUUCCUCCUCAACAGCAAUGCCAUGGAGGUGGCCCUGCAGCCUGCCCCGGGCCUGACUUGGAGGACCAUUGGAGGUGUGCUGGACUUCUACAUCUUCCUGGGGCCUGACCCCAACAUGGUCAUCCAGCAGUACCAGGAGGUGAUAGGUUUCCCAGCCAUGCCGCCACUCUGGGCACUCGGCUUCCACCUCUGCCGCUGGGGCUACGGCUCCAGCAAUGAGACCUGGCAGACUGCAAGGGCCAUGAGGAACUUCCAGAUCCCACAGGAUGCGCAAUGGAACGACAUUGAUUACAUGGAUGGAUACCGGGACUUCACCUUCGAUCCCCAGAAAUUUGCCUCUCUCCCCUCACUGGUGGAAGAUCUCCACAAGCACGGGCAACACUACGUGAUGAUCUUGGACCCUGGCAUCAGCAGCACCAGCCCACGUGGCUCCUACUGGCCUUUCGAUGAAGGCUUGAGACGCGGUUUGUUCCUAAACACCACCCAGGGGCAGCCACUGAUUGGGCAGGUCUGGCCUGGCUACACUGCCUUCCCCGACUUCUCCAACACAGACACACACCAGUGGUGGCUGGAGAACCUGCAGCGCUUCCACACCCAUGUGCCCUUCGAUGGCCUCUGGAUUGACAUGAAUGAGCCAUCCAACUUCAUGGAUGGGUCUGAAGAGGGCUGCCCACCCGGAGAGCUCGACAGCCCCCCGUACACGCCGGCUGUGCUGGGCAAUUCCCUGUCCGCCAAGACGGUGUGUGCCUCAGCGAAGCAGAACGCCUCGGUGCACUACAACCUGCACAACCUCUACGGGCUGAAGGAAGCCGAAGCGACGGCGAGUGCCUUGAUCCAGAUCCGAGGAAAGCGUCCCUUUGUCAUCUCCCGCUCCACCUUCCCCAGCCAGGGCCGGUACUCGGGACACUGGCUGGGUGACAACCGGAGCCAAUGGAAGGACAUGUAUUACUCCAUCCCAGGGAUGCUGAGCUUCAGCCUGUUUGGGAUCCCCCUGGUGGGGGCUGACAUCUGCGGCUUCUCCGGCAGCACCUCGGAGGAGCUGUGCACCCGCUGGAUGCAGCUCGGGGCCUUCUACCCCUUCUCCCGCAACCACAACACCCAGAACGAGAAGGCCCAGGACCCCACGGCUUUCAGCCCCUUGGCGAGGACAGCCAUGAAGGAUGUACUGCUCACCCGCUACUCCCUCCUGCCCUUCCUCUACACGCUUUUCCACCGUGCCCACCUGCAAGGGGAAACCGUCGCCCGACCUUUGUUCUUUGAGUUCCCCUGGGAUGUGACCACAUAUGGGUUGGACAGGCAGUUCCUGUGGGGCCAGAGCUUGCUGGUGACUCCAGUGCUGGAGCCAGGAGCAGACUCGGUGCUGGGCUAUUUCCCCCAAGGCGUGUGGUACGACUUCUACACGGGCUCCUCUGUGAACAGCAGUGGGGAGAUGUUGAAGCUGUCAGCCCCUCUGGACCACCUCAACCUCCAUCUCCGGGAGGGUUCCAUCCUGCCCACACAGAAACCUGCGACCACCAGCAAGGCCACCAGAGGGAACCCGCUGCGUCUCAUUGUGGCCCUGUCCCCACAUACCACUGCCUGGGGGGACCUCUUCUGGGAUGACGGCGAGAGCCUGGACACCUUCGAGAGGGGCAACUACUCCUACCUGGUGUUCAAUGCCACAGAGAACAUCUUCACCUCCAACGUCCUCCAUGCCAGCACCGAGGCCACCUAUGUCACCAUUGAUGCAGUGAGCUUCUAUGGAGUGCAGGAGCCGCCCAGCAAGGUCCUCCUAGAUGGGCAGGAGAAGCCCUUCUCCUACCUGGACAACCAGGUCCUCACCGUCAGCGGCCUCGGCAUCAGGCUCAGCCAGGGCUUCUCCCUGCAGUGGCUGUGAGCUGGGGGGGCACGGGGCUGCCCUGCCUUGCCAUGACCUACUGUGCACAUCCCUGCUCUGGCCCUUGGACCAGGAUGGUAGCACAGCGCCAGGGACUGUCAUCUGUCAUCACCCUCUGCUGCAGAUGGGGGCAGGGGAUGUGGGGAUGGGAUGGGGCUCCGUGCUGUGUCAUCACUGUGCGGUCAGGGGUGUGCGCCCACAGCCCCAUCUGCAAUAAAGGCACGCGGAGAGC